UUUGCAUUCCCACCCCUUGGUUGUUUAGCCAAACCUGGCCUUUCUUGGCUGUAUCAACGUGAUUCAGAAGGAGAGGCCCUGUUUGAUAUAAACCGCGUGAACUAUAUCGUUUAUCUGUUUGUAUUAUCAACAUUUGGAUUUUAUACUCAUCCAGGCCUUGGUUGCUGAUAAUCUGCGGAUUCUGUUUUGGUCCUAUCAGAAAAUGGAGCACAAAGGAUUUGCGUUUGUUUUCGCACUGUUUUUCCUUGCAUCGAGUUCAUAUGGAGACGUAAGCUACUCUUUUCCAGAGGAGAUGAAAGGUGGAUCUGUAAUUGGAAAUAUAGCCAAGGAUCUUGGACUUGAUCCGAACCGGUUGUCUGCUCGUAAGGCGCGCAUUGACGCCGAGGGUAAACGACGUUAUUGCGACAUAAAUAUGAGAACUGGGGACUUGACUGUAAAUGACCGAAUCGAUCGAGAGGAGCUGUGUUCUGAGAAGAUAACGUGCCAACUUAAAUACGAACUGAUGCUUGAGAGUCCGUUAGAACUCCAUAGAAUUACUCUUCAAAUUCAAGAUAAUAAUGACAAUAUUCCCGUAUUCCCAAACGAUAUAAUCAAAUUAGAAAUUAGGGAGUCUGCUGCGAAAGGAUCCCGCUAUCGCGUGAACGAGGCGCACGAUGCAGAUGUGGGGCAAAACGCAGUCCAAACCUACACCUUACAGAUAAAUGACCAUUUUGUGUUGGCUGUGUCCCCCAAUGUAGACGGGGGUAAAAAUGUUGAGCUAGUGUUAGACAAAGAGCUAGAUCGUGAAAAGGAGCAAGAAGUAAAAUUAAUUCUCACCGCGGCAGACGGCGGGUCUCCACCUCGAUCAGGCUCUGUAGAAAUACACGUUACGGUGCUAGAUGCGAAUGAUAAUUCUCCUCUGUUUAGUCAGCCUGUGUAUCGGGUCAGUUUGCCAGAGAACUCUCCUUUAGACACAUUAGUUGUUAAAGUGAGCGCUACGGACGCAGACGAAGGACCCAAUGGAGACGUGACCUAUGGAUUUAGCCGUAUAUCAAAUAAGGCAAGAAAAGCUUUUUCAUUAGAUCCAACUACAGGAGAAAUUAAGGUAACAGGGCCAAUUGACUUCGAAGAUGAGGCACAAUAUGAACUACGCGUCGAAGCCAAAGACGGGUUUGGCCUCUCCACAGACAGUAAAAUAAUCAUAGAGAUAUCUGAUGUGAACGACAAUGCCCCUGUGAUUCUUCUGAAAAGUUUAAGUGAUCCAGUGUCCGAGAGCGCACCGCCUGGUACUGAGGUGGGCAUCAUAAAUGUGCAGGACAGAGACUCUGAAAAUAACAGAAAUGUCCGCUGCUCGAUACAACACGACGUUCCGUUUAAACUAGUGCCGUCCGUGAAAAAAUAUUAUUCUCUGGUGACAACAAAUAAUCUGGACCGAGAAACCGUGUCGGCGUACAAUAUUACAAUAACAGCUACUGACGAAGGUACUCCACCCCUGUCGUCCUUUAAAUACGUGCAGUUAUCAGUAGCCGAUGUCAACGACAAUCCGCCAAAGUUUGAACACCAGUCCCUUAGUACGCACGUGACGGAAAAUAAUAAGCCGGGGUCCUCCUUGUGUUCAGUUACAGCGACGGACCCCGAUUGGAGGCAGAAUGGCACCAUAAUGUACUCACUUUCUGCUGGUGAGGUCCAUGGCUUUCCGGUGUCCUCGUUAUUAUCCAUAAAUGGAGACACAGGUGUCAUUCAUGCUGUUAGAUCCUUUGAUUACGAGCAGUUCCGAAGUUUUAAUGUUCAAGUUGUUGCGCGAGACAACGGCUCUCCUCCCCUAAGCAGUAAUGCAACAGUCAGUGUUUUUAUAUCAGAUGAGAAUGACAACUCCCCGCAGAUAUUAUAUCCAGCCCCGGAUGGAAACUCCUUUAUGACUGAAAUGGUGCCCAAAACUGUACAAGCAAACUCUUUAGUCUCCAAAGUGAUCGCAGUUGACGCGGACUCUGGGCAGAACGCAUGGCUUUCCUAUCACAUUAUGAAGUCCACCGAUCCUGGACUUUUUACAAUCAGUCUUCACAGUGGGGAGAUAAAGACGCUGAGAGAUAUCUCUGAAUCUGAUGUUAUGAAACAGACUCUAGUUGUUGCUGUGAAGGAUAACGGAAAACCUGCUCUGUCUGCAACCUGCACCAUGUAUUUACUUAUUUCUGAUAACCUGGCUGAAGUUCCUGAACUGAAGGACAUGUCCUUUGAUGAAAGCAAUUCGAAGCUCACUUCCUAUCUGAUCAUUGCGCUUGUGUCUGUCUGUACCAUUUUCUUUACUUUUAUUGUGGUGGCUUUUGCAACCAGAUUCUGCCGUAAAAGAAAGCCAAGAAUGUUGUUCGACGGCGCUGUUGCUAUUCCGAGCGCAUAUAUUUCACCAAAUUACGCAGACGUCGAGGGCGCAGGGACUUUGCGCAGUUCAUAUAAUUAUGAUGGAUACCUGACAACGGGUUCGCGCACCAGUGAUUUCAAGUUUGUUGGAUCUUAUAGUGAUGCCACCAUGCCAGCUGAUCAAACUUUGAAAAACUCAACUCUCUCUGUACUUCAUGCAGAGAGACCAUAUCAUGAUACCAUGGUGCCGUCUGAGGUAUGCUUUUAAGCCAUAUUUUCUAAAUACGUUUUUGAACAUCUACUUCGAGUCACAGCUCUCAAUUCAACACAUUCAUUCAUUCCUUGUCCCAAAGUGUCAUUGUGUUCCAUUUGGAAAUAAUUUCAUGUAGACAUACGUGUCAAAAAAUGUUGCUGUUAUUGUUGUUGUUGUUGUUUGUUCGUUUAGACUCUGGGUGACGCUCUCUAACUUUACUCAAUGCUUUAUCAUCCACAUGCCCUCAUGCCCUAGAUUUGUCAGUUACACGGCGAGGAUAAACGGGGAAGGAGGGGGGCAGUAUGAGUGUGAGAGAAAGGCAGGGG